CUAACUUUCGCUUGAAAGACGAUGGAUUUAUCAGAGGAAUGGAAGAGUGUGUGGCCUAUCUCAUCUGUCUUCUCUGCUCCUCUUCUUCUAAAUAAUGAUAGCGGAGGCGGAGGCCACCCUUUAGGACCUCUCAUAUUCAACCCAAAUAUGGACACUCGAUCUCUUCUCUUGUCAUCCUCAUUUCUUUCUUCUUUCGUGCCUCCCUCUUUUCCUCAACUAUCCCUCUCUAGAUUCCUCAGCACCACUCCCUCUCCCAAUAACCCAUCUUCACUUCUCCCUUCCAUUGCAUCGUCCAUUGCUUGUGAAUUUGGCCCUCACCAAUCCGUCUCUCCUGAAAUUUCCACCUUAGGCUAUAACUGCCUACAGUUUCUCCGUUGCCCUUUAUCCAGUUCUCUUCUAGUCUUGUUUCCCACGGGGGAGAACUCUGAUCAGGUUGGCUUUGUUCUAUUGUCAGUGAAGGAGGGAAAACUGAGUGUCCAAUGCAAUGGUAAUGAUGGGAUCUUCAAAUCAAAAAAUAAAUUCAAUCAUCGGAUUCUCAGAUUAUUGGUUAACUCGAGUAAUGGGUUUCCUUGCAGUUCUGGUAAAUCAUCAAUUCAUCCUCUUGGUUACGUAAUGGCUUGUACAAUGUAUUCUGUUCAUUGGUUUACUGCUAGUAUUAUGGGUAUUGGUUCAAAUGAAGAGAGACCUUUUCUACAUUUUGUGGGUAGUAAGUUGUUUAAGAGUAAUUCUGUAGCCCAUGCUUGUUGGAAUCCACAUUUGCCUCAUGAGAGCGUGGUGCUUCUUAGUCAUGGAAGGUUGUUUCUAUUUGAUUUGGAAUCUUAUGCUGGAAAAGAAAGCUUAGACGGGGUAAUUCUUGGGAAAAAACUGCAUGUUCCAUGGGACGACGAGUUCAACAAUAUGCGGCAUGGUAGAUGGUUGAGUUGUGAAUUUAGUUGGCAUCCUAGAAUCUUGAUUGUUGUUCAUUCUUCUGCCAUAUUUCUUGUUGAUUUGAGAUCUGAUAGUUGCAAGAAGAUUUGUUUGCUGAAGAUUCAGUCUUUGGCAAUGACAAUGGGUGUUAUGAAUGAUAGGUUCACAACCUUUUGUAAAGUUAGCUCUGAUGGCUUCUAUUUUGUUGUGGCAACUAAUCGUUUACUACUUCUUUGUGAUAUUCGGAAGCCAAUGAUGCCAUUGCUACAAUGGGCUCAUGAUCUUCCCACACCAUCCUAUAUUUCUGUUUACCCAUUGUCUGAGAUGAGGUCUCACUCCAAAGAUCAAUAUAAGUGGGCUUCUGAUUCGGGGUAUUGCAUUAUAUUGGGGUCAUUUUGGAACUGCCAGUUUAGUGUCUUUUGCUAUGGACCACCUCCUAAAGGAACAGUCUCCUCAAAAAUUUCUAAAUUCAGCAAACAGUUUUAUGCUUGGGGACUCCCUUCACAACUCCCGUGUCCUGUUGGUGAAUGUCAUUGUGGAAGUUGUCUUGUUCGAGAUGAGUUUGAGAAAGACGCUCUUCCAGAAUGGGUUGAUUGGCGACAAAAGAAAGAAAUAGUUAUAGGGUUUGGCAUUCUCGAUAAGGACCUUCAUAAUCAAUUGCAUGCACCAGAAAUGCAAGACAGCUUUACACUAAUUCGGCUGAUGUCAUCUGGGAAGCUUGAAUCACUAAGGUAUCAAGCUUCGUGGGAAUUCAUGGGAUCAUCGGAGAAGAUCCAUAAAGACUCAGUUAUAGGAUGUAAGGAUUCACUUAUGUACUCUUCAAAUGAUGGGGAAUAUAGAUUUCCCAAGAAAUUUAAGUACCUAAAACUUGACUACCUUGCAAGUUACAUUAGUGGUGAUCUUGAUAGCAUUGCAUUGAGGAAAACUAUGAAGUCUAAUAAAAGGCAUUAUAAGAAAGGCUCCUCUAGUGAAUAUUUCAAUGAAUAUAUAUGUGAGAAGGUCAAACAAUGUGGUUUAGAUAAAAAUGUGUUCAAAGAAAUUCCACUUCCAAUGAGCAUUUAUGAGGUUGCUUCGAGGAUUAUCUGGUCAAGUUUACCCACAAAUAUCCUACAACAGGCAUUUUCUUGCUAUUCUGAAGUAAUUGAGGUUCUAUUGGAUAAUAAAGAAGUGUCGCUGGAAUUCUUGGAUGUUCCAGAACAACCACAAUUACCUCCAUUUUUCUUUCGAGCACCUUCCUGUCGAAGCAACAAAUGGUCAGGAACCACGAAGCCUGGUAGUUCUUUAGUCGGUCCCAUUCUCCCUCUUCCAGUUCUACUUAGUUUAUCCAAGUUGGAAGAUAAAGGGGAAAACUUUGAUAACACUGCAAUGGAACUUACUCGGAGGUGUAAUGAUGUUCUAAAAGUGGCCAAGGAAAUCGUAACAGGCUCUAGUUCUUUAUCUCAAAACGAUGAUGCAGUUUCUCUUGCAGAUGCCAUGGAUGAAGUUCCUUCUGAAACCAAGAAAAAGGAAGGUUCCCUUGUGUUGCUCGUGCCAUCUGCAUUUUCUCAUACGCAAUCUGACAUUGAUGUUGAAGAAGAGAGAUUCACUAUGUUUGCUUUGGAAAAACGUGUGAAAGGUAUCUCCAGGAAUGAUUGUACUGAUACAGUUGGGUCAGACUUAUUCGAUGAUAUGUGCCCUACAGAAUUGAAGUUUAUUGAUGAUAGCUUUGCUAAUAGAAACUUUGGGCCAAAAGAAAUGAAAGCAUAUAGAUUAUUGAAGAAACAACACAACAGAUUUUUGGGAAGUUUUGACAUGUAUCAAGAGUUCUCUAAGAGUAAAACUUCCUAAAAGUUCACACUUUUAUAGCUCAAAUGAGACCUCCAACUAUGAAGUCAACUAUAACAUCAUCAACAGGUGAUAUGCAGUCGCCAGUCAGUUACCCCAUUCUCUCCAGUUUCUGCUUUUGGUUCUUAUCCUAGGACAAAGUCUUCUUGUCAGAUCCAGAUUCAAGUGUUUCCAAAGGGGACAUAAUUUGCUAUUCUCACCCAGUCAAGGUAGAGACAAAGGUCGGACUGCAGAAGAAGAUUCCAUGAUUUUACUUUUAUACUUGAGAGCAGAUUGGUGGGAAAUUUCACAAACAACGAAUGCCCUUUGAGCUUCGGGAAGCAAAAGUGAGAAGUGCAGAUGUGGAAGGACUGUGAUAUCUUGAAGCUGUUGGAAUGUGUUUAUGAUCCAUAGAUAGGGACAGGAGAUUAUAUGGAUUGGAUGAAGAUGAUUUCGACUUUGUGGUCGAGAUUGCAGGAUUUUUCAUGUGAAGAGUAGAAUGAUUGUUGCUCUGAGCAAAAAGAAAAGGGAAUGUUUGGUGUGAUUUGGAAAUCUGAUUCGAAAAUUGAAUUUGAUGAUCAUCUGUCUUUAUUAUGCUAGUUGUUUGUUGAAAAUUGAGGUUAUGACUAUGAAGUCGAACUAGCUUCCUAGAACAUUACUAUCAUAUUCCCGAUAGUUACCAACUACUAACAUUACCAAAUUUAUUAAAGCUUAUAUCCGAGGAAUAAAUAGAGAAAAUUUUAUGUGAUGGUAGCUUUUCAACCUAUGGUAGUAUUGAUUAAUGUAUUUUGUGUCAUUAGAUUAAGACAUUUUUAUCUAUAGAGUAUUGGUUUGAUGCAUGUUAAUUUU